CAUGCUUUUUAAGCAAAUGCAUUGUUGUUUACUGCAGUGCCACAAUGGGCAUACGCUCUGUUCCACCUGUAAAGUGAGGGUACAUAAUCGCUGUCCAACAUGUAGGCAGGAGCUUGGUGACAUAAGAUGUUUAGCACUAGAGAAGGUGGCUGAAUCACUUGAACUACCGUGCAAGUAUUGCUCCCUUGGAUGCCCUGAGAUCUUCCCUUAUUACAGUAAAUUGAAACAUGAGGCUGUGUGUAAUUUUAGACCUUACAACUGUCCAUAUGCUGGUUCAGAGUGCUCAGUUCUUGGUGAUAUUCCUCACCUAGUUGCGCAUCUGCGAGAUGAUCACAAGGUGGACAUGCACUCUGGCUGCACUUUUAAUCACCGUUAUGUCAAAUCUAAUCCUCGAGAAGUAGAAAAUGCUACAUGGAUGCUAACUGUUUUUAAUUGUUUCAGCCACUACUUCUGCCUGCAUUUUGAAGCUUUUCAACUUGGCAUGGCUCCUGUUUAUAUGGCGUUUCUUCGAUUUAUGGGAGAUGAGAUGCAAGCUCGGAACUUCAGCUACAGCUUGGAGGUUGGAGGCAAUGGCCGGAAACUCACCUGGGAGGGCACUCCUAGAAGCAUUAGAGACAGUCACAAGAAAGUCAGGGACAGCCAUGAUGGUCUGAUUAUACAGCGCAACAUGGCUCUGUUCUUUUCUGGUGGAGACAGGAAAGAGCUCAAGCUACGUGUAACGGGGCGAAUAUGGAAGGAACAGCAGAAUCCAGAAAACGGGGCAUGCAUACCUAAUCUCUGUAGUUAAAAUUACUCCCAGUACACUAAUCUAUCUGUACCUUUGCUGAUUUUUUUUCUUUCUCACGUUAUAUGUGCCUUGAGAUGUCCAAAAUCAUUGAAUAUGUGCAUCAAUUGGCCGGAGUUGAUUAAUAAACUCUCUCGCUUUCUUGGAAUUGUUGCUUA